AUGUCGCGAACACCACGUUCCUGGUUGUCGGGGUCGUGGUUGCCCAGCUCCAUCCCUCAGCCUCCGGGGCCUCAGUGGUGCUCCGAUGCCCCUCACCCACAGCUAAAGAUCCCGGGUGGGCGAGGGACGGUCAGGGAUCACUCUCUCGACGUGCUGCUACACAAGGAUGAGAAGUUGACCGUGACACAAACCGCGGAGGUGAACGGGAACGCCCAACUCCUUCACUUCCACUACCAGCUGAGCGAGCGCCGCUCGGCCUUCUGGGAGAGCGCCUUGUCGGCGGACAGCCUCUUCCUGGAGAUCCCCGCUGGGUCGCUGGCCGAGGGAAGCAAGGAAGGACUCACUGCCCUGCUGGAGUUUGCAGAGGAGCAGCUGAAGGCCAACUUUGUCUUCGUGUGGUUCCGCAAAGGCAGAGAAGAUCGACAGGCCAUCAUCCGGACGUUCCACUUCAUGGGCUUUGAGAUGGUGAAGCCGGGCGACCCCUCGGUCCCGGCCCGGCCCGACUUGGCCUUUAUGGUUUACUCUCUGGACAACAGCAGCUCAGACGAGGAGUGACCCCUGACCCCGCCCGCCUCGUCUUGCUUCGGGAUAGUCGCCCACCCAACCCCCGGAUGAGAGGCUAUAGAACAAUAAUCUUUUUAUAGACGGUCAUGUUUCCCCUUUCUAUCAAUAAAAUGCUACCUUGACCGCGUAGAAGACAAACUUCCUGUUGUCCAUUCCAGAACGUGUCCCUCAGAAGUCUUGGGUCAGUCAAAAUAUUCCUGCACUCUAACGAGGCUUCUUGUGCCUAACCAGGAGAGUUGUUACUCUUCAGUCUUAUGGUGUGUGUGUGUGUCCAGAAAGACCACUUCAGGGUAUGACCAUAUAUAUGCAAUUACAUGCAGGAGGUGUCCUGCAGACUUUUCAUUUAGCACUUUGAUCACGACGCCAAAGAACCCAGUGUACCCUCACUUGUUGUUGUUGUCGGAGCGCCAUGUUGAUCCAAACCUUCUCCCGCUAUUUUUAGCUGCACGUUGGCUCGGGCAGGCUGCUUCUAGUUUCUGCAUGUCUUCCAGGUGUGAUUGAUCGAGCUUCAUUAAUAUGACGUUUUAUUUAUUGUUUCAUCCAAUCCACGCUUGUGCGUUGUGUACAUGCCUUCCUUGGUGCAGGGAAUGUUGAAAUAAUAAAAACACCAUGGGAAAAA